AUGAUAUAAUCAGUUUUUCUUCCUGAAGGUUCCGCUUCGUUUAAAAAAAAAUUGUUAAGUUAAUCAUUGUAUGGAACCUUUACAAUAAAAAAUUUUUUUUGAGGUUAAUUUCCUUUAGCUUAUAAAUAAAAAUUAUCUAUUUUAACACGCGACAAAUUUUUGUUAAAAAUAUGUCACUUAAAUUAUUUCAGACAAGAGGGUGUGUUGUUUUAUCUCAACUUGCUAAAGUUAUGGGUUAUCCCGAUACUACCUUUGACGAUUAUAUGCAGGUUAAUAGUUUUUUUGAACCAUUUUUAUUGUCAGUGGAGAAAAAUUUUCGAAUGGAUACUACGCUGAAUUUUGUAACCAAAUAUGCAUGGAUAGCUCCUCCAACAUGUCUCGCUUAUUUAUGUUUGAUUUACACCUUUCAACGCUACAUGAAACGGCGACCAUCCUUUCAUCUACGUCCAAUAUUGUUAUAUUGGAAUUUAGCAUUAAGUAUUUUAUCCUUUUGGGGAAUGAUGAGAAUGGUUCCAAUUUUAUUGUUUUACCUAUAUACGCAUGGAUUUCGAUCAUCCGUUUGUGAUGUGUCUACUUUUCCUGUGAUGAGUGGCGCUUCUGGAUUUUGGACUGCUAUCUUUAUUUUCUCAAAGUAUUUCGAACUUUUAGAUACAUUUUUCAUUAUUUUCCGGAAACGCAACUUGAGUUUCUUGCACUGGUAUCAUCAUGUAACAGUUUUACUCUGCUCGUGGUACUCAUUUAUUUCUAAACAACCAGCUGCCUUAUAUUUUUGCGCUAUGAAUUAUACAGUUCAUACUGUAAUGUAUUUUUAUUAUUUUUUGGCGACGUUAAAUCCAAAACCACCGAAAUGGGGAAUUUAUGUGACGUUUUUACAAAUAUUACAAAUGAUAGCAGGUUGUAUUAUAACAUCAAUAACAUUUUUUUAUUCUCAUAACUUUUUGUUUAACUUUGGUUUGAAACCAUAUCAUUCAACUAUAACUCCAUCCGUGUCGUCUUGUGCGAUUUCCAGAAGCAGCUUAUAUGCUUCUAUUAUCAUGUACUGGUCUUAUCUGUAUCUUUUUUCAGCUUUCUUUUACCGUCGUUACAUUAGAAAGUCAUCAACAGCUAAAAAAUUAGUUUAAAAAUGACAUUAAAAAAAAUGUACAAGGUUCUUUUUGUUUCAGUGCCUCUAGAAAUGAAUUCCUUUAAUAUCAAUGUUUUAUGGCUUUUUCUUAACUGCAUUCUCACAUAUGUAUAUAUAUGUAUCAAUUCGAUUGUUAUAACCUUUUAACACGUUGUAAUAAUUAAUUUGUUUUUCUGAUGAAGCGGUAGUUUUUUUUUCUUACAAAUUAAAAAGACAAAAUCGUUUAAAUAACAUAAUAGAAACUGUUUUUUUUAAUUUCUUAUAAUGUAUGA